AUGUAUUGGAUUGGAGGGCUAGGAGGUGUGCAGGGGGAGGAGGAGGAGGAAGGAGAGGAGACAGGAAGGAGGAGGAGUUGUAGGUGGGUGUGGGUGGUGUGGUUGGUGUGUUGUGGGUGUGGGGGGGGUGGGUGGGGUUUGGUUUGUUUUGGGGGUGGUGAUGGUGUGGUGAGGUGUGGUGGUGUGGUGGGUGGGGUGUUGGUUGGGUGGGGGGGUGGGGAUGUGGGGGGGUGGGGGGGGGGGUGUGGGGGGUGUGAUGGUGUGUGGUGUGGGUGGGGGUGGGGUAGGGGGGGGGAGGGGGGUGGUGGGGGUGGUUGGUGUGGGGGGAGUGGUGGGGUGGGGGGUUGGGGGGGGGGGUUUUGUGGGGGAGGUUGGGGUGGGGUGGGGUUGGGGGGGGGUGGGGUUGGGUGUUGGUGGUGGGGGUGGGGGGGGUGGUUAUGUGGUUGGUGUGGGGGGGGGGGGGGGUGUGGGUGUUUGUGUUGGGGGGGGGGUGGUGGGGGUGGUUUUGGUUGGGUGUUGUUGUGGUUUUGGUAUGGCGGGGGGGGGGUAUGGUGUGGGGGUGGUGGUGUGGGGUGGGGGGUGGGGGGGUGUUGGGGGGGGGGAUUGUUGGUAUAUGAUGUAGGGGUUGUUGGGGGUGGUGGGGGGGGGGGGGGGGGGGUGGUGGUGUGGGGGGGGGGUGGUUGUUGGGGUGGUGGGGUUUGGUUUGUGGGGGGGGGGGGGUGUGUGUGGUAG